GGGAGUCCACAGGAAAAGAGAUCAGAGAUCACGCCGGGACCGAACGGCGCCGCCGAUUUUCCCACCAAACUCCAUGACCGGCGGCAGCGGCGGGCGACGGGACCGCGAGCCCGACCCGGACGCCUCGGCGGCGCUGCCUGUCCCGGGGCCCUGCGCUUCGACGCAUCGGGCGCUCGCCGAGUGCCACCGCCGCGCCGCCCGCGGUCCGCUGCAGCCGGAGGUGCUGUGCCGGCACCUCAACCGGGCGCUGGCGGAGUGCGUCGUGACCGCGUGCUGCCCCGACGAGACCGAGGCCGUCCGCACCCUCUGCAGCAGCGCCGGCACCGAGCUCAAGCGCACUCAGUGCCAGCGGGCGCGGAUCGACCUCUCCCUCUGCCUCGAGGCACAUCAAGAGCCCUGAUCUAUCUGGGCAAUCUCACCCGGUACAGGCGUACAGCGAUUUGCGUUGAUGAUCAAACACGGUUUUCCUGCGUUUUUCUAUGUGUAGUUCACUUGCUUUGUGGAAUGUAAUCUUGUUAUGGAACAUUGGAGCCCCAACCAAUGCUGUAUACAAAACUGUACAUUAGAGGUUACUCUGAAUGCAACAUUAGAGAUGCAGCAGGAGUGAACUCUAAAAAGAUGCAUGUAUUUUUGGCAUCUGCAUGGCUUCGACAAGAAAUUCAUGUAUGAUCUUGAGUAUCCAGUUGUAUUCUUGGAAAGAGGACAUGAAUUGCAAUUUGCUUGCUA